GAACCGGCUGCUGAAGUGCUGAUUGCUUUGGGGUUUUUCUCAGCGUCGAUUCUCUCUCUCCCUUCACUGCCGUCAGUCUCUUCCCCACUUGCCUCUCUCACAACUCACACUGCCGUCGAUUCUCUCACCCACUGCUUCCGAUGGUUUUUUUCACACGCACCUGCUCUCUCUCGUGCCUCAUUUCCUGUAUUCAUGUUUCUUUUAGGGACAACGCUUUUUCUGGGUUUACAAUUCUUUUUAGUUUGGGAAACUUGAAAUUGUGAUUUUAUUUGAUUAAUUUGGUAUCCAAACAGGGGAUUUGGAUUUUGGUGGGUUCUUCUGAAAUAAUGUAGAGAUAAUGGGAUCAUAUCCAAACCUCAAAUUUUCUGAUAUUACCUUAUUUUUCUUCCUGUUGAAAUGACGUUAUAGUUAAAAAUGCAUAGGGGAAUUCAGAAAUUGUUGGAACUCAGUCACUUAACUGAACUGUGAUUGUGUCAGCUCAGGUUAUUUGAAAAUUUUCGUGUAAUUGAAGUUUGCCUGUUGCAAUGGAGCUGUUAAUUUAUGGAGUUAUUUAAUUAUUUAUCAAAUAAAUUUGUUUCCAUUGUUAAAAGAUCUUGAAUCGAAAGUUGUUCAUGAAAGGUUUGUUUCAGGAAUUUGAUUCAGCUUGUUUUGAGUGAAUGAGUUGCAGAUAAUUUCCGGGAGAAUGGUGGGAGGAGAAAAGAUUUAUGGGAUGCUUUUGGACAAAUAGGAGAUGAAAAGUCCAGAUUGUCCCUUAAGUUAAAAAAACCCUACAAAUCUCAAUUUGGUGAAUCUCCAUCUUCUUCUCGCGCAUACGGCAGAAAUUCCCCUAAAUCAGGCUAUCAGCAACCUCACUAUUAGAUAGACUAUGCACGAAAGUGAGGCAAAAACUGGCGGCGGCUUCAUUGAACGGAGACAACAUCAGAGCUCUGGCCGUUGAACCCUUCGAACGUUUGGGUAGUCACACGCGUGGGGGUCUAAAUCGUGUUCACCUUCCGUCGAAGUCGCCGGCGGUCACAGUCAGCCAAUCCGAGUGAUGGAGAGGGGAAGAAGGAGAAGGUCGAUUGAAAAUUUAGGGGUUUCUUUAGUGAGGGCAUUUACGACAUUUCAUAAAUAAUUGCCUCAAAACUCAUACAUUUUAGAAAGCAUUUUCAAAUGGAAGUAAUGGUAGCAUGUUAAUGAAUUUUGAUAUAAGAAAGAUAGCUAUAUGGCCAAAUCUUUGUUUCAUAAUCUUCGCAGAGCUCCUCUGCUUUUCAGAUCAUCAUCUCUGAACCAACUGUCUUUCAGACCUAUUCUUGAGAUCCCUGACACUGUUUUCUCCCAAAUCAAAAAAUUUCCUGAAGCCAACAUCUCAAAACCUUUGUUGGGAUUUAGAAAUCUGAGCCAUGGUUCUGUGAAUCUUGUCGUAUCCCAAGGGAAACCAAAGUUUGAAACACAUGAAGUAGAUCCUCCAAAAAAAGAGAAGUGGAAAACUAAAAAAAAGUUGAAGAUGCAGCGAAUGAGAUUAAAGCAGAAAAGAAAAGCAGCAAAUAAGAGAGACCCUCGUCAACUGCGUGUCAAGGGGAAGAAGAAACAGAAAUUUCCAAAUGCAGCAGAGAGAAUCAAGAACAAGCUGGAAAACGCCAGGAUUAAGGAAGCAUUGCUGAUUGAGAGGUUAAGGCGGUAUGAAGUUCCUAAAGUUCAGGGUCCUAUGGUGAAACCACACGAUCUGACUGGUGAGGAACGAUUUUAUAUAAAGAAAAUGGGUCAAAAGAGAUCUAAUUAUGUACCUAUUGGAAGAAGAGGAGUUUUUGGAGGUGUGAUUCUAAACAUGCACAUGCAUUGGAAGAAACACGAAACUGUUAAAGUUUAUUGCAAGCCUUGUAAACCUGGCCAAGUGCAUGAGUACGCACAGGAAAUUGCAAGAUUGAGUGGAGGAAUCCCAAUACAGAUAAUCGGUGAUGAUACUAUUAUCUUCUAUCGAGGGAAGGACUAUGUGCAACCAGAAGUUAUGUCACCAAUUGAUACAUUAUCUAAAAAACGGGCACUGGAAAAGUCCAAAUACGAGCAAUCCCUCGAGUCUGUACGCCGCUUCAUUGCCAUUGCUGAGAAGGAACUGGAGCUAUAUUACAGGCAUAUUGCACUUUACGGUGAUCCAAAUGAUAGGAACCCAUUGUCCAUCUUAAACGUUCCAUCUGACAACUUGAACUCAGACAAAUAUCAAAUUACUAAUAUGGAAGACUCUCAUUCUGCUGCUCUUUGCCUAGCAUCUGAUGUUAUGAAUCAAAGAAAUCCCGAUUUCUCGGAUGACGAAUCAUUAGAUAUUGGAGAUGGAUUUGCAGAUGCUUGCUUUUCUACAAGUGAAUCAGAUUUUGAAAGUGACAAAUUAGAUGAGUCUGGUGAAGGGAGAAUGGAAGUUAGUGUUUCCCAGACGGAAGAGAUUUCCUCAACCACAAUGAACACAUGUUCAGCUUUCCCGAACAAGUGUGAAUUUCAUAAGCAAGAACUACCGAUACACUCAUAAAAAUUGCAUUAGAUGGAAGUUUGAUUUUUGUUCAACUUCAACAGAUGUAUGAUACUUUGAUUCAAUGAAAACACGAGUUAAUUUGUGUAUAAAAGAAAUUUUCAAAUAUCAUAAUAGCCAACUGCUUCUAUAGAUUUGACCUUGAA